AUGUACGGAGAAGAGGCAUCCAAGUUGGCGAGAGAGACCAAACGCACCAUUGACCAUUUUCCGCCAUACAAUGAUUCCCUUGUCCGGUCGAUCACACGCGAGAUUCGCCAUCUUCACGAGACCUGUCAAGCGCUGAUUCGGGAUUUCGAUAUUCAGAAGCAGCACGAGGAGCAGGAGGCUGAGACGAGGUUGAGGUUGCUCUAUGGCCAGCCUGAGGACGGUGCUCCUGGAGAGGGUGCGAGGAGGGGAGGAGGAGGAGAGGUAGAUCCGAAUUUUACAACGUUGGAGAUGUUGGAUGGUCCUAUUGGUGGUGCACCGUCAGCAUCCUAUUCUUCAACAACGACCGUUGUCCAACACCCACACCCACCAGUCCCCGGAUCAUCAUCAACAACAGGAACCACGACCGUCCUCCAACAAUCGACAUCCUCUUCCAUUGCACCAGCAGCCUCCCGCUCAACAAUAUCAACCCUCCCCCACCUCAGCCAACAAGCCCUCCAAUCCGCAAAAGAAGCUCGCCUCCUCCACCUAAAAACUAUCUUUUGGACAAAAUACCUCGUCCACCAAGUCCCUCUCCUACGCAACAAACGUAUCCUCAUGGCCUACCACGCUCAACGGGUCGAAAAAAUCAAGGACCUGGCCUGGGCGUACACUUCCCGACUCCCGGAUUCUCUCUCCCAGCUCCUCUCUCCCGAUGAACUGGUCUUCUUUCAGGAGUAUGAGAGGGGUUGCAGGAAUGAGUAUACGAGUUUGGAGGAAUUUGCGGAAUUGGAUUUGGGAUUGGGCAUGAUCCAGCCGCCAAAGGAGGUGUUUAUUACGGUGAGGGUCGUGAGGGAUUGUGGAGAUAUUGUGACGGAUUCAGGGGCAGUGUUGAGUUUGAGGAAGGAUUCCGAGCAUUUUGUGAAGCGCGGGGAUGUGGAGAGGUUGAUUACUCAGGGGUACCUUAAGCACGUUGCUUAG